GAGAACCUGAAGCUCCGCGAGACUCUCGAUGAGUACAACAAAGAGUUCGCCGAGGUCAAGAACCAGGAGGUAACAGUGAAAGCACUGAAGGAGAGGGUUCGUGAGUACGAGCAAAACCUGAAGAGCCAAGCAGAGACCCUUGCACACGAGACUAAACUACAGCUACAUAACGACUACUCCGAGAAAGAGAGGAAGCUGCAGGAGUCUCAGGAGUCUCUGGCCUCUAAGUUGGAGGAGGCCGACCACAAGACCCAAACCCUCCAAUCAGCUUUAGAAGCCACUCAGGCUGAACUCUUUGACCUCAAGGCCAAAUAUGACGAGGAGUCCACCGCAAAGGGCGAUGAGAUUGAGAUGGUGAUGACUGACUUGGAGAGAGCCAAUCAGAGGGCGGAGGCAGCAGAGAGGGAGGCGGAGUCUCUGAGAGAGCAUCUCACCUCAUCCAACAAGACUCUUCAACUGGCCAAUCAGAAAACACCUGACACGAGUCUGGAAGUGGAGUUGAGUUCUAAGGAGCAGGAAGUGGAAUUGAGUUCUAAGGAGCGGGAGAUGACCCAGCUACUGGAAGAUGUCCAGCGACUACAGACCAGCCUGACCAAACUGAGGGAGAGCUCAGCCAACCAGAUCAGCUCGCUGCAGGAGCAGCUUCACCUCAAGAGCAACACACUCAAGGAGUUGGAAGAAAAACUUCAGCAGCAGGCGGACUAUGAAGAAGUGAAGAAAGAGCUCAGCAUCCUGAAAUCCAUGGAGUUCCCAACAGACGGAUCUGUGCAGGACUCCUCCAAACCUCUAGAGGUGCUCUUGUUGGAGAAGAACCGCAGUCUCCAGUCUGAGACAGCCUCCCUGCGCAUCGCGAACAACGAGCUCAGCGGGUCAGCGGGACGGAAAGGGAAAGAGGCGGAGCCCCAGCAGACCCCUCCCACUGUCACCAAGCCCCUCCCCCAGUGUGACACGCCUCCUCCUCCCCCCUCCUCCUCCCCCCAGCCUCUACCUCACACACACACACUCACACACACACACACACCUCCUGCUCCUCGCACGGGCGUCGGCCCUCCGCCCCCUCCUGACGCUGAUGCUAACGCUAACGGCCCGCUGGACUCAGCGCUGCCCCCGGUGGUCAGCUCCCUCCUGCAGCGGCAGCAGCUGCUCCUCCACUGCCUCUAUGGCAGGACGCCGCAGGACUCCCUAGCCCCCCCGACCCCCCCCUGCCCCGAGCGCUCGGCCGCUGACCCGUCCUCUCCCCCCCCCGGGGGCGGCGACGCGCAGGACGUCAGCGUUAGCGGCGCAGAGGAAGUGGACACGGCGGAGGUGGCUCGGCAGGUCAAGGAGCAGCUGAUCAAGCACAACAUCGGGCAGCGCGUGUUCGGACACUACGUGCUGGGCCUGUCGCAGGGCUCGGUGAGCGAGAUCUUGGCCCGACCCAAGCCCUGGAGCAAGCUGACCGUGCGCGGGAAGGAGCCCUUCGCCAAGAUGAAGCACUUCCUGUCUGACCAGCAGAACAUCCUCGCCCUGCGAAGCAUCCAGGGACGACAGAGAGGGAGCAUCACUACUCGCAUCAGAACUCCAGAGGGGGCGGGGUCUGAUGAGGUCAUCAGGUCCAUACUGGAGCAGGCCAAGAGAGAACUGCAGGUGCAAAGAGCAGACUCCAGUGCCUCUGGUGGCAGUAGAGGGGGCGUGUCAGGGGGCGUGUCAGGGGGCGGGAGCGACGAGGCGAUCCGUCUGAUCCUGGAACAGGCGCGAAGGGAGAUGGAGGCACAGCAGGUUGCCAUGGAGCCCCACCUUAAGACCGCCUCCUGCUCCUCUGGCUCCGCCUCCUCGUCGUCUCAGGGGGAUGUUCUUCUCAGCACGCCUCUCCCCGCCUACAACCCUCUCGCGCUGUCACUCAAGAAGACCCUUCCUCUCUCCGGCUCCACCCCCUCCUCUCCUGGCCAAUCACAGCUCAACAUUAAGAGGGAGAAAGGCGGGGACCCGCAUGAGGCCGCCUCCCCCAACCCACGACCACACCCAGGGGCGGAGGCUACAGAGGCUCAGCAGAGGGACCACAACACAGAGGUGGGGUGUGUGUGUGAGGCGGAGUCUCUGAGGCCCUGUAAGUCCACUCUGGAGCCGCUCGUCCGCAUGCAGCUGCUCAAUGGAGACCUGGCACAACAAGAUGGAACUCCUAGGACAUCGGCCAGCUGUAGCCCCGCCCCUGAGUCACCGCUGAGCUCGACGGAGGAGUCGGUGAAGAGCCAAUCAGAGAGCUCGCAGCCCAGCACGCCCCUCCCCCUGCCCCUCCCACUUCCCGCUGGCCAAUCGGGCCUUAGCGUCCAGGAGAUGGUUGCCAUGUCGCCCGAGCUGGACACCUACAGCAUCACCAAGAAGGUCAAGGAGGUGCUGACCGACAACAACCUCGGCCAGCGUCUGUUUGGCGAGAGCAUCCUGGGUCUGACCCAGGGGUCGGUGUCGGACCUGCUGGCGCGGCCCAAGCCCUGGCCCAAGCUGAGCCUGAAGGGGCGCGAGCCCUUCGUCCGCAUGCAGCUUUGGCUCACCGACCCGCACAAUGUGGACAAGCUCAUGGACAUGAAGCGCAUGGAGAAGAAAGCCUACCUGAAGCGGCGCCACAGCUGUGUAAGUGAGCGGCCGGUGCUGGACGGUAUCCUGCGAGGUCCAGACCGCGCGGUGGCGGUUACCGUGGCGACUCCUGGAGGGGGCGUGCUGCUGAAGCGGCCGCGGGUGGUGCUUGGCGCGGAGGAGAAGGAGGCGCUGAAGAGAGCCUAUCAGGAGCGGCCGUACCCCUCUCCCAAAACCAUCGAGCAGCUCGCCAACCAGCUCAACCUCAAGAUCAGCACCGUCAUCAACUGGUUCCACAACUACAGGUCUCGUAUUCGGCGGGAGCUCUUCAUCGAGGAGAUCCAGGCGGACAGUGGGGGCCGGGCCAAGCCCGGUGAGGUCGUGGUCUGUGACGGAACCAAAGAGAACCGCUGUGCUGGAACCGUCUUGGACCAGUCAGGCCGUCCGCUGGGCGAAGAGGAAGGCCACGAGCACACAGACACACACUCGGGGCGGAGCUUGGAGUUCUUCAGCUUCUCUGAGACCACGCCCCCCAGCGCCGCACGGUUGCCUAGCGACAGCAGCGCUGCGCGGUUGCCUAGAGACAGCAGCCUGCGCAAGAUGAAAGCCGCCAACCUCAACAACAUCAUCCAUCGGCUGGAGAAGGAGAAGGCGGCCGGCCACGAGGACAGCCUGGACCACACACACACACACACACACACACACUCAAACACACACACUCUCACCUUACUCCCAAAGCCCUGCAGCCCUGCUCACACAGCAGUGGAAAGCCAAAGCUGAGGUGUGUGUGUGUGUGUGUGUGUGUGUGUGUGUGUGUGAAGAACAGAAGAGAAGAUCGGUGUGUGUGUGUGAAGAAGAGAAGAUGAGUCUCACUCAUUUAGAGCACUUAACCGUCCUGCUGGGCACACACACACACACUCUCUCUCACACACACACACACACUCUCUCUCACACACACACACACACUCACAGACGCACAAAUGCACAUCCUUCUCCCCACCGAUGCUUGACCUUUGCCCUUCGAUCUAUAGGUCAUCUGGUAGUUCAGCCCCUGGAGUUUGCCCGUGAGGGUGUGAGUCUGUGUGUGUGUGUGUGUGUGUGUGUGUGGUGUGUGUGUGUGUGUGGUGUGGUGUGUGUGGUGUGUAUGUGUGGUGUGUGUGGUGUGUGUUUCCUCCACACUGGUCCGUGGUCUUCUGCACACUCUCCCCACACACACCCCAUCUAAACACAGACACACACACUCACACACACACACACACACACACUCGAUCCCAUGGGCAGGACCUGUGCCAGAGUGUGUGUUUGUGGACUCCAUUUGCCACUAAGAGAUUGUCCAGUGUGCUGAGUCUGUCCCGUGUGUGUGUGUGUGUGUGUGUGUGUGUGUGUGUGUGUGUGUGUGCUAACUCUGAAAGUUGUCGUGUUUGAUUUCUGAAAAGAGAAACUCACAGUGGACAACAAACAACAGCCGUUACUGUUGAAACACACCGUAGAAGGGAAGGUGUGUGUGUGUGUGUGUGUGUGUGUGUGUGUGUGUGUGUGUGGGGAGGGGUUCUGUGUAAUCUUGGAAGCAGGAAAUUGUAUUUGUCCGAGCACAGAUCACUUUAAAACACUGUACCAACUCUACACACACACACACACACACACACACACACAAUCACACACGCAGUAAACCUUUCAAAGACACACACACACACACACACACACACACACACACACACACACAAUCACCCACGCAGUAAACCUUUCAAAGACACACUCGUACACACAUCCAUGUUGUUUUCCAUCAUAUCCUUUAGUGGUGUCCUCAAAGACACACACACACAGCUGUCAAAUGAUAGACAAACCUCAGAACUGCACACACACACACACACACACACACAUAUAUCAACUAUCCCUGUGCACUCCCCAUCUCCACACUACUCUCAGUGCCUGUGAAUCUACUGCCUCCCGUGUGUGUGUGUGUGUGUGUGUGUGUGUGUGUGUGUGUGUGUGUGUGUGUGUGUGUGUACAGUUCUGAGGUUUGUCUAUCUUUAACUGUGUUUUAUAGUUUGUAAAUA